CGGAGCCAACUUUCCAACAGUCACAAGCUCCACACGCGUUCUCUCUUUUUCACCCAGUUUACAAAGAGAAAAUAACAACAAUCAUCUGAAGAUAUAACGAACCAUCGUUUUGUAAAAUCAAGAUGGUUAUUCCGUGGAUGGCAUUCGUCAUCUCCUCUGCUCUUCUGUGUCUCACUUCCGCAUCAAAAGUGUCAGGCGUACAACACAAAGUCAAAUGCGACACGGCUGAAAUGGCAGUAGAAAUGAUUCUACCUGAUACUGUCACUGAUGUUUAUCUGGAAGGAAUGAAAGAAUACGGCAAAGACAUUGGUUGCCAACCGAUGAUGGAGGGUAACACGGCCUCUUUCCGCCUGUCCAUCGCCCAGUUCUACCGUUGCGGAAUGACCAAAGUCGUCGACCAUACGAACGGCCAUCGAGUUUACUAUCAUCGGAUUGUGGUCGAAAGUGAAUCGCAAGAAAAGGAAUCUAUACUCGUUAAAUGCGGGUGGAUGCCACAUCAUCCGGAACGCCAUCGCGCCAAACGUCAGGGGGACCAACUGUCACCGGAUUUCCAGGAAGAUGAGGAGUAUGACAUCACUGUAAUUGAAGGACGAGCACCAGAGCCUAUUUUGGGCAUAGCCGUGCGCCAAAAUGGCCAAUUAGUCGGUUCGGAUUUGAAUGUUCAACCGGGAACCCUCCUGCAAAUGGAAGUUUAUCUGGAUCCUAACAGCACUUCUACUUACGGCCUUAGAGUUUCUUACAUGGACGUAACGGACCGACGAACCAAAGAGGAAACCAUUAUUCUCAACGGAUGCUCAGUAGAUCCGUAUCUCUUUGAGAAUUUCAAUACCGUCGAUGGAGAUACAUUGACGGCUAGAUUUAGAGCUUUCAAGUUCCCCGAGACCAACUUUGUCCUUUUCCGGGGUACCAUUGAUGUUUGUCUCGACCGUUGUUCGGGGGUUGAGUGCAGUAACGACCAAUUGGCUUUCGGUCGUAAAAGGCGAGCGGCAUCACAAACAACAGGGGCAGCCAAGUUGGACCGGACCGACCGAGUUUUCGAAGUUUCAAUGACCACCUUGGUCAAAUUCGAUGCUGAAACAGCCCUUCAGAAAGACGUGUUAGAAUCAAGCCAGGCCAAAGGAGUAGACACGGUCGAACAACCCAUUCAAGCACAACAAUCGCAGUCACUGCUCAACGAAUCUGAGCCGUCAUCGAAAGCGUCGUCUGCUCCUCAGCAACCAUCUGGUCACGUCGAACCACAACCAGAGCCUAUUGCCGAAUCUAAAGUAUCACCAUCGUUGGCUGCCAAGACUGAUUCAACAUUUUCGCUGGUCCUUUGCUUUAUUGCUUUUGUGGCUUGCUUGUACAACAAGUACUAAUCAAACUAUUAGAAUUUUAUAGGGGACUAAACAUCGAUUAACUCACCUAACCCAAAAUUUUUUAAAUGUACUCUCCAAAGUGAUGCAGUUGCGUUUCACCAGCUAUUGUUGCUACCUUUGUACUAUUGAAUCGAUUAAAAGCACCCGCCCGAAAGGCGUUUGCAAAAAUAAAAUCUAAAUUGGU